AUGACCGCCUCACCGCCAGCGUCACCGACGGGCGCGACCCCGCGGCCCAUCAGUGCUGUCAUGCGCACUCCACGCAGUACCAGUCGCCUCAGCAUGAGCAGCAGACAAGGGAGUCGUGCAUCAGACGAGGUUGGCAAGACUGCAGUCAAAGUUGCUGUCCGUGUACGACCACCAUUGAAACCCACCGACCCCGGCUACGAUUUAGUUCCCCAGCGAUUCCAGCGUUCGAUGGUCCAAUCGGUCGAUUCCAAUAAUCUGUCUGUUGAUGUGCCUAAUGCCCAGAAGUGGUUUACCUUUGACCGCAUUUUCCCCGAAACGACUGAGCAGGAGGGCAUCUGGGAAUAUGUGAGCGAUAGUUUGACCUCGUUUCUUCAAGGAUAUAAUGUCUCGAUCAUGGCAUAUGGCCAGUCUGGUGCUGGAAAGUCCUUUACCAUGGGUACCUCGGGCCCCAAUGAGCAGAUUGCGCAAAAUAUGGGUAUUAUUCCCCGGGCCGCACAGGUCUUGUUCGAUAAAUUAGACGGUCCCCCUAAACACAACAGAAAUAGCUCGACUGCCACCGGCUUGCGAACACCCCAGCGAUACUCUAUGAGCUCGGCUGCAAGCUUUGGAAAAUCGCACCAAGAGAAAGAGAAGACCUGGCAGCUGAAAGCGACCUAUGUCGAGAUUUACAACGAGCAUCUGAGAGACCUACUGCUCCCGGAUUCAACCCCCGCGAGUGACCGGAGCAACGUGACAAUCCGAGAAGAUACCAAGGGUCGCAUCAUCUUGACCGGCCUGCACCAAGUCGAGAUUAAUUCUUUCGACGACCUGAUCGGCGUCUUGAACUUUGGAUCCGCCAUCCGACAGACAGAUUCCACCGCAAUCAACGCCAAAUCGUCUCGGUCGCACGCCGUCUUUAGUUUAAACUUGGUCCAACGCAAGACCACGGGGGCUCCAGCAACUCCUACACCGAAGGAGAAGCGCAUGUCUAUGCCCGCUGAUUCCUUCAACUCCGGCGACUCAAUUACUGUGGAUAGCAAGCUGCAUUUUGUUGAUUUAGCGGGAAGCGAACGGCUGAAGAACACCGGAGCGUCUGGUGAACGUGCUAGAGAGGGAAUUUCCAUCAACGCUGGUCUAGCAGCCCUUGGAAAAGUCAUCUCGCAACUUUCAAAGCACCAGGGUUCCCACGUUUCUUACCGUGAUUCUAAACUCACCCGACUCCUCCAGGAUUCCCUUGGUGGGAACGCCUAUACCUACAUGAUUGCUUGCGUGACUCCGGCAGAGUUCCACCUUAGUGAGACUCUGAACACCCUCGAAUAUGCUCAGCGUGCUAGGAAAAUCCAAAGCAAGCCGCGGAUUCAACAAACCAGCGACGAUGGUGACAAGCAAGCUUUGAUUGACCGGUUGAAGACGGAGGUGGCUUUCUUGCGUCAACAAAUUCGCAGCAGUGAAGCAACGGAACGAAGGGAAGGUGCAUACAAUGAUCGCAGCGAGCGCAAGCACGAGCGUGAAAAGCAUCUUCAGAAUCAGCUGCUGGAUGUUCAGGAGAGCUACAACUCUCUUAGCCAGCGUCAUGCUAAGCUUAUCUCAACCAUGGCCACUGACUCGGAAUCGCACCCCAACGGCGAGGUUGACGAAGCUACAUCGGAGAUUGGUAAGAGCUCCGUAGAGAGGAUGCAGCGUUCUAAGUCUUUCGCCGAGUCUGUGGAGCAGAUGGUAUUGGAGUAUGAAAAGACUAUCCAGAGUCUAGAAGCAUCACUUUCCGACACUCGCUCGUCCUUAUCAGCCACCGAGAGCGAUCUGCUUGAGCGGGAGACCAAGUGUGCUUACAUUGAGACUGUGAGGGAGCAGCUCCAGUCCCGCGUCCAAAAGCUACUUGAUAGAGAAGCUAGCACGGAGAGUUAUCUUCAUGAGCUUGAGUCCAGGCUCGACGGACACUCUGGCGGCGAAGAAAAACAUGCUGCGAUUGUUGCUGAGCUUCGCAAGGAGCUCAGCCGUGCCCGCGACAGCGAGGCUAGCUGCGAGGAGUACAUUUCCACCCUCGAAGAACGCCUUGCUGAGGGCGACCAGGACAUGGAGUUGAUGCAACGUGAAGUGAUGAGAUUGGAACACGUGAUUGAACGUCAGCGAGGCCUUGGCCAACUAGACACUCUGCUCAGCCAGUUAGAUCAGCAUGGCGGGUCGGAUGUUAACGGGAACCAUUCCCAGUACCAACAGACCAGAGGCGUGCAGUCUGGUCAUAAGCACACACCUUCCCUAGAUGUUCUCAAUGAGGCAGCAGAGACAGCUAUCCCGGAGUCUGAUGAGGAUCUCGUUGGGCCUAUUAUGGAGGUUGAAGGCGAGUCUUCUGUACAUUCAGACUCAGACACUGAUGUGGACGGUGAAGACCUGAAGGUUUUGGAAUCCGCGACAAACAGGCUAGAAGCUCGCCGCUCUGAGGCUGUCUACGAGGAUCCCAUCUCAAGCCCUGCGCAGUCCAAAUUCGUUGCCGACAAGCUGGAGACAGUCACCCAGGAGCUCUUUGAUCUGCGCUUACAGCAUGAGAACACUGUGGGAGACUUUGAGAUCCUCGAGUCCAAGUAUGAGCAGGCCCUCAAAGCCCUCGCCGAGCUUCGCCAGGACAAGAUUGACGAAGCCCGCCACCCAGCACCCCUUCAAACCGAACUUUCGCCACGCCCUGUGUCUUUUUUAGACAAUGGAGGCACUCCGAUUUCCAAGUCUGGAGCACAACAUUCAUUCUCGCAAUCACUCUCCUCGGAAUUAUCCUCGGCCGGGGAACCAUCUACCUUGCGCGAAUCCUCUGAGGACGGUUCCAAGAUAGUUUCCUCCGCCCCUUCCACCCCGCAGGUGCUUUCCGCCGGCCAUGUGGACCCUGAGGAGUCAGAGAACAUGCGCAAGAUGCUUGCCGAGCAUCAAGAGAGCGCCGAACUCAUGACUGAAAAGUACAAUGAGUUGCAGGCCGAGCACGAGGAGAUUCUUGUUCUGGUAGAGAGGCUGAAGGCUGAAGCUCAACGUGCCAAGUCAAGCUCCCCGCCCUCUACUCCCGGAUUCAAGAUGAUUCGUCGCGUGACUAGCCAGAAUCUGCUAUCUGGCGUGGACCGCGCCACUCGUGCCCUAACCGGUCUGAGACUCAUUGCUACCGAAGAAUUUGCCGAGAAGCCAGAUGCCAUGCACAAUUUCGAUUACCACUUGGAUCAAACCAUGCACGAGUUGCAAAGUCGUAUGGAGCGCCUCCAAUCCCUCGAGUCUGAGAACCAAGGUGUGAAGAAAGAAAUGGAGAUGAAAGCUACUAUUAUCUCUGGUCUGACUAGGGAGCGAUCUAGUUUGACCGGUGCCUCGCCUGUGGACAUGGCGCUGGUUUCCCAGCUGCGCGAUCAGGUCGUUUCCCAAGAGGUGCAGAUUAACCAGCUUCAUCAAGCUCACGAGGACCGCCAGAAGGAGCUGAUGGCUGAGAUUGAGACUUUGAAGGGUCUUUUGAAGUCGCAGGAGAGCGCUACUCGGGCGAUGGAUGCUGGUGCCGAGGAACAGGACAAGAAAAUCGGUCAUCUGCAGGGUGAGCUCAUCGAAUGGCAAGACAAGCACCAGAGCGCUUUGGUGUCCCUGCAGUCCUCAGAGACGCAGCUUACAAGUACUCUCGCUGAACUGGAAAGUGCUCUGGCUUCCGUCGAGACGAUGCGAUCUGAGCGUGCGGCUGCCGGCGGUGAGUCUUCCGAUAGGGAGGCUGCUGCACGGGAGCUCGAAGGUGGCCGUGCUGAGCAGCAGGAUCUUGUGGAAAGCUUGAAGAAGGACAUCGAAGGCCACAAAGCUACCAUUGCUACCCAGCUUACAACUAUUGCCGGUCUAGAAAAGUCUCACUCUGAUGCCCAGGGUGAACUAGCUGCUCAGACUACCACCGAAGAAGCAACCAAUGCUGGUGCCGUUGACUUGGGUCUCACUUCGAGGGUUUCCGAACUUGAACAGGAGAUUUCCACCCACAAGUUGACUCUUGGCUCUCGUCAAGAUGAGUUGGAUACCCUCCAGGAAUCUCACAAGCGUGAACUAGCUGAGCUAGAGGAACGCACCAAGGCUGCAGCCCAGGCUGAUCACGAUGCGCGCGUUGCUGAGAAGGACGCUGAGCAUGAGCAAUCCAUGGCUACUUUGCAGAAGGACAUCGCGGAAUCUCGUGAUGAAUUAGUCAAGCUGCUGCAGGCUGUAUCCGCCAUUCUGAACUCCGAGGUCUCCGCUGAGACCUUGACAGAUCAGAUCCAGGAUGUGUUGGCCCAGAAGCAGAACUUCUCGGACAAAUAUUCCGAGCUUCUGGACACCAAUGAAGAUCUUCGCAAGCGACUUGAAGCCAAUGGCGAAUCCGACAGCCGUUUGGAAGAGCUGACUAAGAAGAAUACUGUCCAAGACGCCAAGGUUAAUGAGCUGGCUCUCCUGGUGGCUACACUAGAGGAUACUCUGCGCCAAAAGGACGAGCAGGUCAAGAAGAAGGAAGCCCUGGUCGAGGAGAUCACGAUUGAGAAACAAAAGAGCGUGCGUCUCGUCGAGGAAUUGGAAGAACAAAUCACCAGCAGCUUCGACCAGCACCACAACCGACUAUCUGUCAUCCAGCAAGAGCGUGAUCAAGCCCUGGAAGACGCCAAAGCUAAGAUCGUCAUCUACGAAGGCGACAUUGAAACCUAUCAAGUACGGAUCGAGCAGCUGGAGCUCCAGAUCAAGAACACCGGCACAGGCACAUCUGAUGGCUCCCACGACCGCAGUAGCUCCCUCACAUCCAACCUCCGCAAGAGCUCGUCAGCCGCUUCCCUCCCAUCGCCCCCGCCAGCGAUCCCACUCCCACCCCUCCCAACCAUUGCUUCCCAAUCCAACGGCUCAUCUAGCGUAUCCCCACCUAGCUCCCGCCACGCCAGCAAAGAGAUUGUCAAUGCCCAAAUAGCCGAGGACCAAGAAGCUCGCAUCCGAACAAUCGAAAAACAUCUUUAUGCCGAAAAGCAGCUCACCGCUACCUUGGAAGAAGCGCUUGGCGACCUCGAGGCGCAAAGCAGCAAAGUCAAGAGUGACUGCGAAGCAUGGAAAAAGAAAGCCUGGGGCUUUGAAGAUGAGCUCAACUCUCUCCGGAAGGAGCGCAGCUCUGCUCGUCUUUCUCUCCAAGCCGUUGAAGAAGAGCGCAACGCUCGUCGCGAGGCUGAAGCUGCUCGUGCUCAACUGGAAGAACGCAUGCUUGCCCUUAAUAAGAAGAAGAAGAAGAGUACUCUGAACUGCUUCUAA